AUGCAUGUGACAGAAGGAGCCCGAAACCUCUCCAACUACAGUUACUACAACAACUUUAGAUACUAGCACCCCUACAACAACGAUGGAUUCCACAACUCCCACAACUAUAUCAACUACAAUGCCAGAAACUACGAAGCCCGAAACCUCCCAACUACAGUUACUACAACAACUUUAGAUACUAGCACCCCUACAACAACGAUGGAUUCCACAACUCCCACAACUAUAUCAACUACAAUGCCAGAAACUACGAAGCCCGAAACCUCUCCAACUACAGUUACUACAACAACUUUAGAUGCAAGUAGCCCUACAACAACGAUGGACUCCACAACUCCCACAACUGAAUCAACUACAAUGCCAGAAACUACCAAGCCCGAAACCUCUCCAACUACAGUUACUACAACAACUUUAGAUACUAGCACCCCUACAACAACGAUGGAUUCCACAACUCCCACAACUAUAUCAACUACAAUGCCAGAAACUACGAAGCCCGAAACCUCUCCAACUACAGUUACUACAACAACUUUAGAUACUAGCACCCCUACAACAACGAUGGAUUCCACAACUCCCACAACUAUAUCAACUACAAUGCCAGAAACUACCAAGACUGAAACCUCUCCAACUACAGUUACUACAACAACUUUAGAUGCAAGUAGCGCUACAACAAAGAUGGACUCCACAACUCCCACAACUGAAUCAACUACAAUCUCAGAAACUACCAAGCCUGAAAGCUCUCUAACUACAGUUACUCCGACUUUAGAUACUACUACCCCUACAACAAUGAUGGACCCCACAACUCCCACAACUGAAUCAACUACAAUGCCAGAAGCUACCAAGCCUGAAACCUCUCCAACUACACUUACACCAACGACUUUAGAUACUAGUAGCACUACAACAACGACAGACUCCACAACUCCCACAACUGAAUCAACUACAAUGCCAGAAACUACCAAGCCUGAAACCUCUCCAACUACAGUUACUACAACAACUUUAGAUACUAACCGAAACCUCUCCAACUACACUUGCACCAACGACUUUAGAUACUAG